AUGUGGUGGGCCACGGCAGCGGCGGUGGUAUGGUGCGGGUUGGCGGCAGCAGAGAUAGAUCGCCGGCGGUUCUCCAACCCCACCUACUACAACGUAGGGGGCGUCUUGUCCAGCAACGAAUCCGUAACCUUCUUCAAGGACACGAUCUCGAAUCUUAAUUUCAAAGACAAAUACGUGCCUCGCGGGGUGACCUACCAUGACUACUCCAUCCUGAUGGACCCCAACCCCAUCAAAACAGCGCUCAACGUCUGCAAGGACCUCAUCGCACACAGAGUAUAUGCUGUAGUAGUAUCACACCCUCUGACCGGAGAUCUGUCUCCCGCUGCCGUAUCGUACACCAGCGGCUUCUACCACAUUCCAGUCAUCGGCAUAUCUUCGAGAGACUCCGCAUUCUCCGACAAAAACAUCCACGUUUCAUUUCUGCGCACUGUACCACCAUACUCCCACCAGGCUGACGUAUGGGUUGAUGUCCUGAAACACUUCAAUUAUAUGAAGGUUAUCAUCAUCCAUAGCUCUGAUACGGACGGUCGGGCUAUUCUUGGUCGGUUCCAGACGACUUCGCAAAGCGUCGAUGAGGAUGUGGAUAGAAAAGUAGUUGUAGAACAAGUUAUAGAGUUUGAACCCGGUCUGGAUUCCUUCUCGGACAAACUUGCGGAUGUAAAAAGUGCUCAAGCCCGUGUGUUCCUUAUGUAUGCUAGUAAAACAGACGCGGAGAUAAUAUUCCGCGACGCAACGUUUCUGAACAUGACAACCGCUGGCUACGUGUGGAUGGUGACGGAGCAGGCGUUGGACGCCGCCAACGCGCCCGAGGGUUUAUUGGGACUCCGCCUCGUCAAUGCUACCAACGAACAUGCUCACAUACAGGACUCUAUUUACGUUCUUGCGUCAGCAAUUCGCGAUAUGAACACUUCCGAAGAAAUCCACGCGCCGCCGUCUGACUGCGACAACUCUGGCUCAAUCUGGACAACGGGACGACUCCUCUUCGACUACAUUAGGAAGCAAAGCCUUGAAAGUGGAGCGACAGGUCAUGUGGCCUUUGACGAUCACGGGGACAGGGUCCAUGCCGAGUAUGACAUGGUCAACGUAAGGGCUCAAGGCGAACAUGUGGCCGUCGGCAAAUAUUUCUAUUCCAAGGAAACACAAAGAAUGCGACUAGAACUAAAAGAAAAUGAAAUUAUUUGGAUGGGACGAAGUCCUACGAAACCAGAAGGGUUCAUGAUACCAACUCAUUUGAAGGUAUUGACGAUUGAGGAGAAACCGUUUGUAUACGCUCGUCGAGUCGAUUACGAGUCUGAAUGCACCAUUGAGGAGAUACCCUGCCCACAUUACAAUGCCAGCGACGCUACAGACAGAAUGUAUUGCUGUAAGGGUUUCUGUAUGGAUUUACUAAGGUAUCUCUCGAAGGCUAUCAACUUUACGUAUUCCCUGGCCUUGUCGCCGGAUGGGCAGUUUGGGAACUAUGUUAUACGAAAUCUUUCUGUACCAGGAGCUAAGAAAGAGUGGACUGGACUGAUAGGUGAAUUGGUAUACGAACGUGCAGAUAUGAUUGUUGCUCCGUUAACUAUUAAUCCGGAAAGGGCAGAGUUCAUUGAAUUCAGUAAGCCCUUCAAAUAUCAAGGCAUUACUAUACUGGAGAAAAAGCCUUCUCGCUCCUCCACGCUAGUGUCAUUCUUGCAACCGUUCUCCAACACUCUGUGGAUUCUGGUGAUGGUGUCUGUGCACGUGGUGGCGCUGGUGCUGUACCUGCUCGACAGGUUCUCGCCCUUCGGAAGGUUCAAGCUGGCCAACAUCGACGGCACAGAGGAAGACGCCCUUAACUUAUCUAGCGCUAUUUGGUUCGCUUGGGGUGUGCUCCUCAACAGUGGGAUUGGCGAAGGUACUCCGCGUAGCUUUUCCGCCCGAGUGUUGGGGAUGGUGUGGGCUGGGUUCGCGAUGAUAAUUGUCGCGUCAUACACUGCCAACUUGGCCGCCUUCCUCGUGCUGGAGCGGCCGAAGACCAAGCUCACUGGCAUCAACGAUGCUAGGUUACGUAACACAAUGGAGAAUUUAACCUGCGCGACGGUGAAGGGGUCCGCAGUAGACAUGUAUUUUAGAAGGCAAGUCGAGUUGUCUAACAUGUACAGAACAAUGGAAGCAAAUAACUACGAUAAUGCAGAACAAGCCAUUGAUGACGUCAAACAUGGGAAGCUAAUGGCUUUCAUAUGGGACUCUUCGCGGCUAGAAUUUGAAGCAGCACAAGAUUGCGAGUUGGUGACUGCUGGUGAACUAUUCGGGCGGUCUGGUUACGGAGUUGGGCUACAGAAAGGAUCCCCUUGGGCGGAUCUGGUGACACUGGCCAUAUUAGACUUUCAUGAAAGUGGUAUAAUGGAAUCGCUAGACAACCAAUGGAUUCUCCGCAACAACCUGUUGAACUGUGAGGAAAAUGAAAAGACGCCUAAUACUUUAGGGUUGAAGAAUAUGGCGGGGGUGUUUAUAUUGGUGCUAGCGGGCAUCAUCGGCGGGAUAGUGCUGAUUGUCAUCGAGGUGGUGUACAAGCGACAUCAGAUCAAGAAGCAGAAGAGAAUGGAGAUAGCGCGCCAUGCCGCGGACCGCUGGCGAGGGGCCGUAGAGAAACGGAAGACUCUGCGGGCUUCGAUUCUGCCGUCGCAGCGGAGGACCAAGUCAAACGGGGUGAAGGAAGCCGGGAGCAUCAGCCUGGCGGUGGAGCGGGGGGCGCGGCGCCGCGACGAGCCGCGGGUGCCGCGCUACCUGCCCGCGUACACACCCGAUGUCUCCCACCUCGUUGUCUAGUAACACCAAUCACACAGGCCGAACACUGGACGACAGCGGUAGCUACGACUAUGAAACAAAAUCUCUGGACUCCCAGCCUUCAUGACGCGGCGUUAGCACAGCGCCAAAGCGUCGUUCAAUUUGGUUAACGAGCGUACGAGUAAACGAUGCGAUUACGCCGCGCGAUGAAAAUGAUCAUGCAAUAAUUCCUGUGGCGCGCGAUGACUUGCUACUUAUUACAAAUAAAUGGGUUCAAUUUCGGAAUGACGAAAUGGCAUCGUCUGCUCGUAUGAUGGCUAGACAAUUACAAAAA